AUGACCAGCAACAGCAGCCAGAACCUCAGCAGCUGCAGCACCGGCGGGAGCGACGCGGCGGUCGGCGGCAGCUGGCUGGGCUUCUCGCUGUCGCCUCACAUGGCGGCCACCAUGGACGGCGCGGACGGCUCCAAUGCCGUGCAGGUGCAGCAGCACCACGGGUGCCUCUUCUACCCUCCCGUCGUCAGCUCCUCCCCCGCGGGCUUCUGCUACGCGCUCGGCGGCGGCCAAGAUGGUGUCGCCACGGCGGGCGCCAAUGGUGGCGGGGGAUUCUACCCCGGGAUCUCCUCCAUGCCGCUCAAGUCCGACGGGUCCCUCUGCAUCAUGGAGGCCCUCCAUAGAAGCGAGCAAGAGCAUCACGGUGUGGUGGUGUCGUCGGCAUCACCGAAGCUGGAGGAUUUCUUGGGCGCGGGCCCCGCGAUGGCGCUGAGCUUGGACAACUCCAGCUUCUACUACGCUGGCGGCCACGGCCACGGCCAGGAUCAAGGCGCCUACCUCCAGCCGCUGCACUGCGCGGUGAUCCCCGGGUCGGGCGCGCACGGGCACGACGUGUACGGCGGCCACGCGCAGCUGGUGGACGAGCAGUCCGCUGCGGCGAUGGCGGCGAGCUGGUUCUCCGCACGCGGCGGGGGCGGCUACGACGUCAACGGCGCCGGCGCCAUCCUGCCGGCGCAGGGCCACCCGCACCCGCUCGCCCUGUCCAUGAGCUCCGGCACCGGCUCCCAGUCCAGCUGCGUCACCAUGCAGGUCGGCGCCCACCCGCACGCCCACGCCGACGCCGUCGCCGAGUACAUCGCCAUGGACGGGAGCAAGAAGCGCGGCGGCUCCGGGGCGCUGCAGAAGCAGCCCACCGUCCACCGCAAGUCCAUCGACACCUUCGGCCAGCGCACGUCCCAGUACCGCGGCGUCACCAGCAGGCAUAGGUGGACGGGGAGGUAUGAGGCGCAUCUCUGGGACAACAGCUGCAAGAAGGAAGGCCAGACCCGGAAAGGCCGGCAAGUUUAUCUGGGCGGGUAUGACAUGGAGGAGAAGGCCGCGAGGGCGUAUGACCUGGCGGCGCUCAAGUACUGGGGGACGUCCACGCACAUUAACUUCCCGAUCGAGGACUACGGGGAGGAGCUCGAGGAGAUGAAGAACAUGACCCGGCAGGAGUACGUGGCUCACCUCAGAAGGAAAAGCAGCGGGUUCUCGCGCGGCGCUUCGAUUUACCGGGGAGUGACCAGGCAUCACCAGCACGGGCGGUGGCAGGCGCGCAUCGGCCGCGUCUCCGGCAACAAGGACCUCUACCUGGGAACAUUCAGCACGCAGGAGGAGGCGGCGGAGGCGUACGACGUGGCGGCCAUCAAGUUCCGGGGCCUGAACGCGGUGACCAACUUCGACAUCACGCGCUACGACGUGGACAAGAUCAUGGAGAGCAACACGCUGCUCCCAGGCGAGCAGGUCCGGCGCAGGAAGGACGGCGAAGGCGGGGGCGCGGCCGCGGAGGGCGACGCCGUCGCCAGCGCCGCGGCGGCGCUCGUGCAGGCCGGCAACUGCGCCGCCGCCGACACCUGGAGGAUCCAGGCGGCGCCGGCCGUCACGCGGGCCGACGGGCUGCACGGGCAGGUGCAGCAGCAGCAGCAGCACCAGGGCCUCCUGUCGAGCGAGGCGUUCUCGCUGCUGCACGACAUCGUGUCCGUGGACGCGGCUGGCCAGGGCGGCGGCAGCGCCAGCGCGCACAUGUCGAACGCGUCGUCGCUGGCCCCGAGCGUGAGCAACUCCCGGGAGCAGAGCCCGGACCGGGGUGGCGGCGGGCUCGCCAUGCUCUUCACCAAGCCCGCGGAGGCGGCUUCCAAGCUGGCCUGCCCGCUGCCGCUGGGCUCCUGGGUCUCCCCCUCGCCGGUGUCCGCGCGGCCCGCCGUGUCCAUCGCGCACCUGCCCAUGUUCGCCGCGUGGACCGACGCGUGA